GAGGAGGUUAUAUGAUAAUCAAUGGCUGUCUUGAUAUGUAUGGAAGUUUUAAUUGACUCACGGUUUGCUAGCUAUGCCAUAGACGUGUGGCAUCAGUUUCAGGAGAGAUCAUGGGUUCAAGCUGUGGAAACAGGCUCUUGCAAGAAACAAGGUAAAACAACAUAUAAUAAACCCAUUGUGGUUCAUCCUUUCCCUUGGCGGGAGUUUAAUGCACCGGACUGCCUUUUCUUAGGCCUUGUAUUGUUGUCUACAUUAUUUGAUAUGCCGUGUCUUCUGUGGUCGAAGUAUUCGGUAUUUAAGAGAGAAGACGAUCAUAACGCUUUUAGGGUUGGUCAUGGUUUUAAUCUUACAGUUGAUUUCUCUUCUGCAACAAGAUGUACAGUUGCUCCGCCACAAACUAUAGCUUGUGUAUUAUAACUGAUGUCAUAGUCACAGU